CGAGUUUCUCUAUUACUUGUGUAUAAUCAAAUACAAAUCAGUGGCAUGUAGCCCACGAUAUAGUUGUAGUUUGCCGUCACAAUGUCCAGAUUGGGAACCUUGAAGAAUACAGUUGCCUUGGUAACCGGCGGUGCAUCCGGACUAGGUCGUGCUACGGUAGAGAGGUUUGUACAGCAGGGGGCCCGUGUUGCCAUUCUCGACCUGCCCAGCUCAGCAGGAGAGGAAGUGGCUUCAAAACUGAAUAAGGAGCAUGCAGGCAGCUGUGCUUUCACUCCAGCUGAUGUAACAAGUGAGGCGGAUGUGAAGAAGGCGUUGGAUUGGGUACACCAGCAUUUCGGCUGCCUCCAUACGUUGGUCAACUGUGCGGGGAUAGGUGUGGCCAAGCGCACAGUCAACUUUGGGAAGAAAGAGUCGCAUUCCCUUGAACUUUUCAACAAAGUCUUGAUGACAAAUGUAGGUGGCACGUUCAAUGUCAUCACAAAGGCUGUUCCUCUUAUGAAUGAAAAUGAGGGAACGACAGAAGACCAGCACAGAGGCUGUAUCAUCAACACGUCAAGCAUCGCAGCAUUUGAGGGGCAAGUGGGUCAGGUAGCGUAUUCUGCCAGUAAAGGGGCUAUAGCAGCCAUGACACUUCCCCUCGCUAGAGACCUGUCCAUUCGUGGAAUAAGAUGUGUUACCAUAGCACCAGGAUUAUUCAAGACCCCUCUACUUGAGUCAUUACCUGAGAAAGUCCAGAAAGCGCUAGCGACCCUCGUUCCAUUUCCCACCCGACUUGGUGACCCCGCAGAGUUUGCUCACCUGUGUCAGUUCAUUGUGGAGAAUCCCAUGAUAAAUGGAGAGAUCAUCAGACUGGAUGGGGCAAUAAGGAUGAUGCCUUGAGUGAAUAGUGUACCCAUUGUUCAUAUAUAUGGGCUGUUCUCUGUGCAAAAGGGGGUUAAAUGCAUGUUCGUAGAGUGUCUUCCCAGAUUAGCCUGUAUAGUCCGCACAGGUUCAUCAGGGACGACACUUCCCACUUUAAUGGUAUUUUUCGUAUAAAGAAAGUCUCUUGUUAGCAACAAUCCACUGGACUGCACAGGCUAAUCUGGGAUGACAUUUUACGCACAUGUAGUAAACCACCUUUUCACAGAGCACGGCCCAUAUUCAUACAACUUUGCUCUGGGAAAACUGGGGUUAAUGCGUUUGGGUAAAGUAUCGUCCUAGAUAAGCCUGUGCAGUCUGCAUGCAUGACACCUCCGAUCUACACUGGAUUUUUGUUAAGAACAGUCUACCUUUAAACGAAAAAUACAAUAAAAACAGAAAAGGUUGUCCCCUAUAAGCCUGUGAUAACUGCACAGGCUAAUCUUGGACCACACUUGACGUACAUGGAUGUAACUCAUUUUCACAGAGGGAGGAUCAUAUACAUGUAGAUCUAAGGACUUUGCUUCAAAGUGGACUAGUUGGGUAUGAUAUUGUUGAAACACAUGAUUCUUAUGCGGCUAUGUGCAUUUGAUAGAACAGUGUGUUAAGUUGAAUUCUAAAGUUAACUGAAGAAUCAGAAAUCACAAAGCUGGUUUUGGAAGGCUAACCAAUGCUAGAUUAGUAGAGGUUCAUUUAUUCAAUAACAUUUUCUAGGUUCAUUUAUUCAAUAACAUUAUCAAUGGGUUGUUUUUGUAAAAUGUUAAAGAAUAUCAAUUUUAGAUAUUUUUUUUUGUUAAAUCAUACUUUCAUCGUGUUUUUUUCUAUAUUUGAAAUGUGGCUUCAUAGCAUUAAUUAUACAUGUUGGUCAUUUAACGAUGAUCUUGAAUAUGAUUUUUAUGCCCCCCUUCGAAGAAGAGGGGGUAUAUUGCUUUGCUCAUAUCGGUCGGUCGGUCGGUCGGUAGGUCAGUCGGUCCGUCCGUCCACCAGGUGGUUGUCAGACGAUAACUCAAGAACGCUUGGGCCUAGGAUCAUGAAACUUCAUAGGUACAUUGAUCAUGACUUGCAGAUGACCCCUAUUGAUUUUGAUGUCACUAGGUCAAAGGUCAAGGUCACGGUGACUCGAAAUAGUAAAAUGGUUUCCGGAUGAUAACUCAAGAACGCAUACGCCUAGGAUCAUGAAACUUCAUGGGUAGAUUGAUCAUGACUCGCAGAUGACCCCUAUUGAUUUUGAGGUUACUAGAUCAAAGGUCAAGGUCACGGUGACCCGAAAUAGUAAAAUGGUUUCCGGAUGAUAACUCAAGAACGCAUACACCUAGGAUCAUGAAACUUCAUGGGUAGAUUAAUCAUGACUCGCAGAUGAUUCCUAUUGAUUUUGAGGUCACAAGGUCAAAGGUCAAGGUCACGGUUACCCGAAAUAGUAAAAUGAUUUUCGGAUGAUAACUCAAGAACGCUUUUGCCUAGGAUCAUGACACUUCAUAGGUACAUUGAUCGUGACUCGCAGAUGACCCCUAUUGAUUUUCAGGUCACUAGGUCAAAGGUCAAGGUCACAGUGACAAAAGUCCUAUUCACACAAUGGCUGCCAGUACAACGGACAGCCCAUAUGGGGGGCAUGCAUGUUUUACAAACUGCCCUUGUUAACAAAUUAUGAUGAUCUUGAAUAUGAUUUUUAACAAACAUUAUGUUGUUGUUUUUAUGCUAUUGAUAUAUUGAGUAUUAUGAAAUAAUUAACAAGAACAACACCAUG